CUUUGCAAACUCUGGGCUCCGGUGGCGCACCCUCCAAACUGCGGAGAAUGAGCCGCGCGGGCCGCCGUAGUCAGCUGCUACGAGCAGGAAGUGUCCCAGCUGCAGGCGGAGACUGCACCAUGGCCCCAGACCCCUGGUUCUCCACGUACGAUUCUACUUGUCAGAUUGCCCAAGAAAUCGCUGAGAAGAUUCAAGAACGAAAUCAGUGUGAAAGAAGAGGUGAGAAGACACCUAAGCUUACCCUGACAAUCAGAACUUUGUUGAAGAAUCUGAAGGUAAAGAUCGACCUCUUGAAGGACUUACUUCUAAGAGCUGUGUCGACGCGCCAGAUAACACAACUGGAGGGGGAUCGAAGACAGAACCUUCUGGAUGAUCUUGUCACCCGAGAGAGACUGCUCCUGGCAUCGUUUAAGAAUGAGGGUUCCGAGCCGGAUUUGAUCAGGUCCAGCCUGAUGAGUGAAGAAGCAAAGCGAGGAACUCCCAACCCUUGGCUCUGUGAGGAGCCGGAGGAGACCAGAGGCUUGGGUUUCGAUGAGAUCCGGCAACAGCAGCAGAAAAUUAUUCAAGAACAGGACGCAGGUCUUGAUGCCCUUUCCUCUAUCAUAAGUCGCCAAAAGCAAAUGGGCCAGGAGAUUGGGAAUGAACUGGACGAACAGAACGGUGAAGAAACGGGAACAGGACACAUAUGGAGGGAGACCAUGGAAAGACACGAGGGAGACACACCAUGAAGGGCCUUAGAAACCAGCCUUCCGAUGACAACUUGAUCUCUGGCUGCGGUCUCUGGUCUCAUGAGAAAAGAAGGUUGUUUUGGCAUGCGGUUUGUAGUAAUAGCAUCCUUCCCCUAUGAUUUUCCAUACAUAUCUGCUAAUUUUCUAUCAGCAUGGUAUGAACAGAGGACCAUGCUGACAUGAUAGCCAGCUCCGGUGAGCAUUUUAAAUGGUGGCAGAUUGGGUUACCCAGAAGGCUUCUUUCUUGCCUGGGACAACGUGCCAUGAAUCUACAAGUAGUUAGGUUGUACCCCGGCAGGCUUCUUAUGGGGUAAGUGAGAAGAGCACAAAAGCGGAGUCAGAACCAUAGAAGUGACGACAUUAGAGCUUUAACCUAGGGGAAAUAUUCCAUGUACUUUUAUACCUGGGGGGAAAUGCCCCUUUAACCUAGGGGGAAGUAAUACCGUGAACUUUACCUAGGGUGACAUGAUUUCUUCAUUGACCUCUCAUUACCCUGUAGCUAUCUCAGAGUCUCUGACUCAUUUCCUUGCCUGGAUACCAGCUCCCAAGGGCUUUCCUUUCACAGCAGUCCUUCCUCUCCAGAGAACUGUCCAAGGGUGCAGCUGGGAGUAAACCCUGGAGGCUGCAACCCACACAGGGCAGGGCUCAGAGUAGUGGGGCCCAGCUGCUCCAUAGACAACUCUCUGCACACAGGCCCUCAUCCUGCCUCACAGCCUCUUUCUUUGUAGAACAUUCUGUGGCUGCCAGUAGCCAUUGACUCCAAGGUUGGCGGGUCUCCAGUGCUCUCUAGUUGGGAAGAAAGAGCUUCUCUCUCUGUAGCUGGUGCGUGUGUGUGUGUGUGUGUGUGUGUGUGUGUGUGUGUGUGUGUGUGUAUGUGUGUGUGUAUGUGUGUGUGUUUUCCCUCCAUUGUGGUUUGUCAGUACAGCCCAGGUCUCGUCCUUAAGCAAAUGAGUCUUCUGAAGGACUUGUUCAUUGAUAGCACUCCUCUGUUUUCACUGCCACUGUGGGUCCUUUCUCAGAGAAAAAAGAUCAUCUCUGCAGCGUGGCUGUGCUCUCUGGAAGGAAGAAGGCACUGGACUCUACUGUCUAGAACUCAAAGUCAUGUUUUUAUGAGUUAACAGGAGCUAUAUAAAUUAUGUGACCAAAACAGCUGUGUCUCUGGGGCUUUGAUUGAACAGAUGUUUCAUUUGGUGUCUGUGGAAGCUGUUUACUUGGCUUUCUGUGAGUGGUAACCCAACUCAUCACCUGAUGUCUUCCUAGCUGGAUUUCCCUAAAAUUCAAUUAGGGAGAUGAGGAAAGGUAUUCCUGCUCCUUGUAGUCAUGGUUUUAGGUACUCGAGGGUGGACAGUCUUUGUCUAUAGGAAGAAGCCAGUUAACAGAGUAGGAGCGAAUGGGGGAACAGGAAAGACAGUCUGUCAUUCCAACAGUUGUCUGACUCUUCCUGGUCAUCCAGCAGUUUCUGGUGCUCUGCAGAUCUACAGGCUUAGUGCCCUCCAGACCAUCCCGGUUAAGAUAAAACUAUAAGUCCUAGAUGUCCCCAGGCUGGGCACUUCUAUCUGCUUGGCUACAAAUUUUCAUGACUCUUCUGAAUUUGGUACUUUAGAAAAACAUUCACAGAACUCAGGAAGUGCCCUACUUAGAGAGUUUUAUGAUAGCAGUUGCCAUUCUGGAACAGGCAAAUAGAGAAAUGAAUGGGGGGAAGUGUCAGGGGGCGGUGUAGAGUCCCCAUGCCCUCUCUACAUGUACCGUGCUCAGUGCUCAGAGCACACCCAUGCGUUCCCUGUCCUUGAGGCUGCCAGGACCUUGUUGUUGGGUUUUCGCAGAGGCUUCAGUACCUGAUUGAUCAUUGGCCACAGUAGGACUGGCCUCCUUCUGCACCACUGAAGGUGAAAUUGGGCCUGAAACUGCCAGUGCUCUAAUCAUGCUUAGGGCUAGUCCUCCAUCAAAUUAUUUAAAGGUCUACUAGGAGUCAUCUCAUUAGCACAAAUCUAAAAGCAUUUUUUUUUUUUACAGAUAAUAAAAACUACUCUUAUCAGGAAAUCCCAAGGUUUUUGAUGCUCUUGCUAAGAACCAGGGAUUAAGAUGAAUACUAUGCCUUUUUUUUUUUUUUUUUUAAACAGUAGAGCUAGGAGCCAGUGUCCGAGUCUGUUGAGUAUGCAGAAACAAUUGCUUGGCGUAGGUGUGGUACUUGUCCUCUGACUUUGCUGCUGCUGGCUUUGGUUGGUUCUGGUGAUGAGUCGGGACCAUUGAGCCACGGGACUUUGCCUUUUCUGGACUAUGACUUCUUCAUUUCUUUCUGGGUCUGUAUGUUGGUUUUGACCCUGGCACUGUAGCCAGUUUGCCAUGUAACUAUGAGGCAAAUGUUUUCUAGGAGAACAGCUUUGAGCAUAUUAGUCAAAGAAAGAACACUGAUGCUCAGCCUUGGGACAGCUGGGGUUGGUGACUCACUGGUCUUUCUUUCCCAUGGGCUUCCCCACAGUUCCUGUCUGAUCUCUAAAAAGGCAGCCGCAGUCCCUCCAACUAGUAGCUGAACCAAAGAAUGCACUUCAGCGCAGCCCAGCAAGCAGGAAGGAUCCAGCAGCAUCACAGCUGCGAAGGACAGGCCAUCCUGAGCUCCUCACAGAGCAGGCCAUUCUGAGCUCCACACCCGCCGCUCCGCCCCGCACGGAGGUUCCCGUCCUCAGUGCCUUGUGGGAAGGAAGGCCUGAAGCUGUGUUGGGAGCCUUCACCAAGUUCUGCUUCUCACUAUGGCGUUUGUAGCCCCCAUGUCUGUGCAGGUAGCGCUUUUGCAAUCCUGAGUGAUUGAAAGCUGACAAAGAGUUUGAGUCAUUCCUUACAUGUUCUAAGGUCAGACAUGGUGACGCGCUGCCCUUUUCUUUCCUCUUUCCUGCAAUGAUGCCUGAAGGUUGGAGGUUCUGGCCUGGGUCCUGUCGCAAGGUUUUGUGAUGACUAACAGUAAUUGCCAACCCUGCAGGAUCCAUGAUUACAGAAUCUAGAAGAUGAUCUCUGGACAUGUUUGGGAAUUUUUAGAUGAAGUUUAUUUAGGUGGGAAGACCUAAAUACCUGUGACGUUAUUCAACAGGCUGGAGUCGCAGAUGAAAAGAUAUAGCAAGCUGAACACUGGUACUCCUGGCAGUGGGUACAAUGGGGCCAGCUCCGUUAAGCUCUGGCUGCUUGCUUCCUCCACAAUGGUGGCCCGAGAGCCAUACUCAGCCCUGCCCCUUUAAUUUGUUUCUUAUAAGGUAUUUGUGGUAGCAAUGGCACAGUCGCUAACAGAUCUUAGCCUUCUCUUAGUGGCCCAGCCUUGGGGAAGUCAACAAACACCUCUGAACCUUGUUUUUCUUUUGAAAUACAAAGAAAAUAGAAGCACGUAGUGAGUGGCUUUGGGGACAAAAUACUGCAACUUGCAUGAGAUCUGGACACAGAGUUCAUAUGUUUCUCCUAGGAACAUUGGUCCAGUGCUUAUUAAGUCAGUGUUUGCCACCACAAACAAUGAGCGUGCACCGGGAAUGCUCCUGGUUAGUAGUUAUGAGGGGAUACAAAACCAAGGACCAGGCUCACACGUAAAGUCCAAGGGCACCCAGGGGCAGCCUUCCCAGGACAUUGAGCCAGUAAAGUCACACAGGAUGUGCUUAAUCCCACCAAAAUGAGUUGCGAUGGCAUGUAUGAAAUGUUGCUAAUUGGGGGAAUCUCAUUAGAGAGGAGCAUCCAGGCUUUACCCAAGGCACCUAUUGCAUGGUGCGUUACCUCCUCCCUGGCGGGUAUCCAAAUUCCAGAUGCGUAGAAGGAAAGCAGGUGUUCAGCAUGAGCCACGCUGUUUGUGCAGCCCAGACACCUCGAGCCACACUUAUCAGUUAACAGUUCGGCCCUCCCCACAUCCAAGUUCCAAGGUACCUGCCUAGAGCCAGCCUCAGAAGGCACCGAGGCACACAACUCGCUCUUCUGUGCACAGACCCACUGCGCGCAUGCUUUGCUUGCAUUUACAGUGAUGGGAUUAAAGGCGUGCAUCACCACCGCCUGGCGAGGCAUUUUAUCUUAUCUAACAAUUUCAGACAGUAAUUUGGAAACAGAAUUGACAUCACUGGUGAAUAGUUCUGUUGACCUUUUUUAAAGUUUGAAAUAUGUAAACGGCUUUAAAACAGUGUUUAGUGUGUACUGAGAAUUUGUUCUCUCUGCAUCUCAGUUUCGUCCCUGUCAUCACAGGGACAGAAGUUCCCUGUGUCCCCCAUCAGUGGGAUAGCCAGAAAAUCUUCCUGUUUAGCCAUCUUGAUCAGUUGCCCCAUUAACUUUGGAAAUCCAAUUUCCUUAUCUCAGCACCGAGGGCAGAAAAGAGUAGGGAAAGUAAUCGUCCCCGGAAGGUCUGUCGAGUAAAUGAGGUACUGCUUGACAUAGUGUGUGCACACAGCCAGUGCUUAAUAAAUGUUCACUUUUACUGGUGUCAUGAUAUCUUUUGUUCCGUGUUCAGUUAGGCUGAGAUUCUAUUUGUCCCCGAGCCACUGGGCCCCACCGAUGUUCUUCUGGUUGCCCCAUCAGGCUGCAGGUGUGUCACUCCGAGGUCCUGCCACAUCUAUCGCUGGAAGCAGUGUGGGGUUUUAAUAUCAGUUAUACUUCUGAGGAUAAAAGUGUCCAGUUUCUCGAGUCCUCCCAGUCAUACAGAGCACCUGAAGAGCUAGCAUGUGUCUCUCCAUGCUGUUAUCCAUCCUCACAGUCAAAUCUCAUAUCUUCUCAGCAGCCUAAGUACCGUUUGUCCUCCAAGUACACACUGAAGACCCCUUAUCUCAAGCGCUUAAGGUAUUUUUAACUUAGGAAUAUUGACAUUACAUAAUGUGAGAUAUCCUAAGGUUACAAACCAAGUCUAAACACAAAACUCACUUGAAUUUUCUGUAGACCUUGUAUAUGUAUCCUGAAAGUAAUUUUAUGCAAUAUUUUUGUGUACCUGUGUUUUUAAGUUUUUUUUUUUUUUUUUUUUUUUUUGGUUCUUUUUUUCCCGGAGCUGGGGACCGAACCCAGGGCCUUGCGCUUCCUAGGCAAGCGCUCUACCACUGAGCUAAAUCCCCAACCCUUUAAGUUUUUAUUUUAUCUAUUUGUAUAUUUUUGGCAGGUACAGUGAACUUUAUUGACAUUCAAGAGAGUAGGGUUCCCUAUAGCCCUCUCUUCCUCUUGAGGGGUCUGGGAUGGAGACUGUGAGGGGAGCUGCUUAGUGUUGGGGGAGGAGUUGGGACAGAGAUUCCCAGCAGCCAAAGGCUGCUCUCUUACUCUCCGUUCUUACUGGGGUGGGUGGUCCAGGGUUUCUUACUCCUUGAAGGCCAUGUAGGCCACGGGGUCCACCACCCUGCUUCUGUGGCCUUCUUCGUCAUACUAAGAAGUGAACUUUACAAAGUUGUUGAGAGCAAUAUUAGCUCCAGGGUGAAAAUUGGAAGAGUGGGCAUUCUUGUUAAAGUGGCGGGGGACAGUCUGGUCCUCAGUGUAGCCCAGGAUCCCCUUGGUGGGCCCUCCAAUGCCUCCUUCACCACCUUCUCGCUAUCAUAGUACUUGGCAGCUUUCUCCAGGUACUAUGUCAGACUUAUGACUGACACACUGGAGGUAGGAACAUAGAAGCAUGCUAAUAAGCUUCCCCUUCAGCUCUGUAGAUACGGGGAUGGCAUUCAGAGCAACCCCAGCCACAGUCUUCUGGGUGGUAGUGAUGGCAUGGACUGCAGUCACGAGUCCUUUACAAUGCUGGAGUUAUCAUGGAUGACCUUGGUGGUGGGGUGGUGGGGUACUAAGCAGUUGGAGGUGCGGUAGGCAUUGCUGACAAUCUUAAGAAUACUCCUGUUCACACCUGUCAUGAGGCUUCAGCAGAGGGGACAGAGAUGAGGACUGUUUUGACUGUACCCCUCAGAUGAUCCCUGGCCACCAGCAUCUCCCAUUUGAUGUUGGUGGGACCUCACUCCUGGAAGAUGAUGAUGACCUAACUGUUGAUGAAGUUUCCCAUUCUCAGCCUUGACUCUACUGUGGAACUUGUCAUGAGUAGAGCCAUACUAGAACAUGCAGACCAUGUAGUUGAGGUCAGUGAAGGCGUCAUUAAUGGCAACAGAAUUCACUUUGCCAGAGUUAAAGGCAGCCCUGGUGACCAGGCACCCAAUAUCUGUUCACACCAACCUUCAGCAACGUUUCUCAGGGACGAGGUUGACACAGCCUGGGGAGAUGCAGCUGACACUAGAGUGGGGAGGAGCAGAGAGCUGUAUUUAAGUAUGCAUGUGUGUAUAGUGUGUAUGUGUGUAAGGGUGCACAUGCCACAGUAUGCAUGUGGAGGUUAGAGGACAACUUUCAGGAACCAGUGUUGCUGUCCUUGCACCAUGUGAGGUCCUGGAGGCUAAGCUCACGUUUGGUGGAAGCACAUUUACCCACAGAGCCAUGGCGCUGGCCCGCACCUGUGUUUUGACCUAAGGUCAGGGGUGGAAUUUUCUACUUUAAAAAAGCCAGCACUUAGAAAGCUUUGGAUUGAGGGACAUUUUGGAUUUUAGAUUUCUGCUUAGGAAUGUUUGACGUUACCAUACUUAAUUUAUCUUCCAAGUCGACUAAGGAGUUCAGUCCACCCUUUGGAAGUAGAUGCCUCCCUGUUUUCCAAGGUCUGCCUGAACAGCCAGAACCUGUUUAUGUUUGCGUGUUUCCUCCACCCAGCUUUCUGCUUUGUACCUUAUGAAUACUAGGGCGUAAGAGGGGGAGAGAAUGCCAGAUGUACAGUGGUAAGAGCGAGUUUUUGGAAUCCGAGAGGCCCACCCCUCCAUUUCCCAGCUGCGUGACUGAAGAGCAGCAGGCUCAAUCUUCCCAGACGUCGUCGCUCCCUUCAGGGAGAAUGGGGAUGGUGAUCCCUGCCUUACGGGCUGAGAGCAUCAAAGCAGACACUCAUGAAGAUGCAGGCUUGGUGUGUCGGCCGCCCCUGUCAGUCCUGGGGGUCCCAGAUAGGACGGGCGCUGCCGGGUUCUCAUACUCCGCGAUGACAGGCGUGCUGCUGGGAGAAAUGUUUGAACUGGCCUCUUUAAAGUCCCGUCUCUCCAGGUGAUCCUGCACACCUGUGACAUGGCUGAUCUCAGGGUAUAAAUUUCCCCAGCACACAAGAUUUCCUUGUCACCACGCACAGCUCAUUCCUGAUAUUAGUCACUGAACUUGGAACCUUCUGGUUUUGAUUGGCUAGUCAGGGUUCACUGAAGCAAACUCUUGCCUGCGCUCUCUCCAUAUGUUCAGGAAGGGGAGUGUCUGUGAGCUGCACAGCAGCCGUGUGCACCCGAGGCCAGGAGCCAGCAGUGUGUUGCCAUUUUCAGUGAGCCCCAGUGGGCAGCUGGGCAGGAUGAUUAAUAUUUAAGUAUCUUUGUUCUUUCUGUCCAGUUAUAACACUGAAGCUGUUUAAAUCACGCUGCAAACAACACGCCUGACAUGUCUCUGGUCUGAGCUCCCGUUCCCCCAGCUCAAGUUAGAAUCCUCAGCCUCUAACCGAGGAGGUGUUUUGGGUAAGAAGGGAUGGGGAAAGAUGGACGACUCAGGGGAAAAGGAUGUUUCUCAAUGGCUUCAUGGUGGAGAAUACAUUAAAACCUAAGUCUUGAAGGCAUGACCAAAAAUGUGUGUGUGAGAGGGCAGCUUGUCAUCAGAGGGUACUUCAUGGUUGGUGGCUGGCCCCCUGGUCUGCUUCCUGCGCUUGGUUUGAACAUUUAUUAUGUGCCCACUUCUGACACUCUUCAUUUGGGGUACACACUUGAGAUCUCUCAGUACAUGUAGUCCUCCUGGAACCUCAGGGUUUAAGUAUGACUUUAGUGGGAGCUGGAGACCAGAGAGCGUGGCUGGAUUUCCGUUCCUUCUGUGCUGCUGUGAGCUAAGAUUGGGAUCUAAGGGUUGAGCAUUAUGGUUGAUUUAUAAUGUGUAUGUGCCUUAAACAUUUGUCUUGAGCAGUAGUUUUUUAAAAAACAAAUCUAGUUGGAUAGCAAAAUUAAAUAUAAUUUGAAUACCUCAGUACCUUAGAUAUUAUGAGAGCACUGGAGAGGUCUUUAAAAAAAAACAAAACAUAGCCAACUUUUAAGAAGACGACUUAGACAACAGAACAUAUUUUGUUAACUGCCUCAAAGCAUAAUAUUUCAACCCUAUGAUAAAUAAAAUCAUUGAAUUUGAAUCAGCAAAGAAAAAAAUAGAUUGACUGAGAAGAAAAACUUAAUACAGAAGAAAGAGUAUGGAAUGGAUUGCCUGGAACUUAAUUCUGUGGUAGGAAGACAAAGCCCCUAUGGUCAUUCUUCCCAGUAACAGGAGGUGAAGGAUUUGAUCACGGCAGCCCCCUAUGCAGCAGCAGUGCCCGCCCCAUUUGACAGGUGAGAAAACAGACUUUGGGAAUUGAAACUUGCAUAGGCGCACACAGCUAAUAAACGGGCCCCGCUCCAGCAGGGAGAUUGUUUAUUUACUUCUUGGUGCAGCCAUCUUUUUCUCUAAGUCGAUCUCUGCCUGUAGGUCCAGGCUGAGUGGUUUCAUUGAACAUUAGAGGGCUAUGUCCCCAUCUUCUGGCUCCUUGAAAGUAUGACCAGCUCCUCAGCUUCCAGAUGACUCUCUGCCUAUCGCAGCUCAUCUCGGCCUAAUUCGAGGGAGUCUAGAAAAAGUUCCCAGCGCCUCCUUCUCGUAUUCUCUAUUAGGAGGUGAUCUUGACCCCUAGAGUUGUUUGCUUGUUGGGUGUUUUACCAGCUCCUGUGCCUUGUCCUAAUGGGAAUUCUUGAAAAGAGAGCAGAACAUGGAUUGAAAUGAGGUCGUGUUCUUUGUUUCCUCAUAGACUUUGUGCCUCAAUGUUUAAGCCAACUUUCCACCGCUGUGAUGGUAAGACUGAGAGCAUCGGCUCACGAAGAGAAAAGGUUUAUUUGGGCUCCUAACUUUAGAGGCGCCAAGCCACAGUCAACUGGGCUUCGUUGCUUCAGGUCUGUGGUGAGACUGUAUAUCAUGGCACAAGCACGUGGCAGAAGGAAACCUGUCACUUGAUGAGUCAGAAAGCAAUGAGGAGGAAGAGAGUGACUAGGGGACCAGGGCCUCACAAUUCCUUUCAGAAGUGUGCUACCAUUGGCUUCAAGUCCUCAAAUCUUUCUGGGAACAGGACUUUCACACACUGAUUGGUGGAAACUUGACCAAUCCUUUUCAGACUUGCUGGCUGCUGUGUUGUCUUCAUUGGCUCCUUCUGGGGCUCCCGCAGCUGCCUCUCAGCGUCUUACAUACAAGCUUUGAGUGCAGGCUCUCUGUGCGGCUUAGCCAGAGACCUCUCUGUGCAGUCUCUGUGGAAGCAGCCACUGCACUAUGUUCCCUUGUAUUCUGUAGUCCACCCGGCACGAUGGGGACUAUAGAUCCAUACAUUCUCCUUGCACUGUCCUUCAGGCUUUCUUUGACUCAGAGAGAACAGGAAUCUAUGUCUUCUUGACUCUGAGAUAGUUUCUGUCUCUACCUCCCAGUAGAAUUAUGUAGUAACAAUUUUCUAAGACAGUCCUGCAAGAAUCUAGAGAUGGUGCUAGAUGUAGGGUGAAGAUGGCCUUGGAAAAGCUCUAUGUGACUCUGAUGCACAGGCCUCCCACCCCACCUGCCUGUGCAGUGCCUCUGUCUCCGCAGUGGCUCCCAUGUGGCACUGUACACAUCAUCUUGUGUUUUGAGUGGGGGUCAUUGCUUCAGUCACCAAAGAAUAUAGCAUAUUUUCAGGAGCUGUGUUUAUGUUGAAAAAAAUGUAUAUUCUUUGAACAACUCUCAUUUCAAUUGGGAGGAUUGUUGCUUAUGAAAAAUAAUUAUAAGAUUUUGAGAUUGGUGCUGUCAUCAAGAUUGGGAUGGUGUGGGAAGGCCAUGUGCUCCUCAAAAGCAGGGAUGGGCAGUGUUUUCCUUCACUAGGCUGUUAAGUCAUAGAAAAUGAUAAACCACAGUUGAUGAUCAACUUAACGAUUUUGAUGAUGGUAAAUUAACUUAAUAUUCACAUUGACCUAAUAAACAUAGUACGAUUAUUAAUAGGGAGAGUGAAGCCAAGGGCAUUUAAGUAAUUAUGUACUGUCAAAUCUGGAUUUUACCCAAGAUCCUUUUGCUGACAACGUGUGUUUUGUUUUUAGAUUUAUGUUUGUAUGUGAUGUGUGUCUGUAUGUCUGUAUGUCUGUCCGUGUCUGCUUGUUACCUCUGCAGGUACCUGUAGGGGUAGAACAAGAGCAUCAGAUAUUUUGGAACUGCGGCUGUAGCCCAACAUGGGUGCUAGGGGAGAGAGGGAAAGGGAGAGGGAGAGGGAGAGGGAGAGGGAGAGGGAGAGGGAGAGGGAGAGGGAGAGGGAGAGGGAGAGGGAGAGGGAGAUUGCAUGUUUUUAAGCAAGUGUAUGUGUAUGCAUGUGGAGGCUAAAGGUUGAGCUCUGAGCUCAGGUGCUUCCCUCAACACCUCUACUUUUCCAUUCUGCAUCAUGUAUUAAGGCAGGUCUCAGGGGUUGGGGAUUUAGCUCAGUGGUAGAGUGCUUGCCUAGCAAGCGCAAGGCCCUAGGUUCGGUCCCCAGCUCCAGAAAAAAGAAAAGAAGGAGAGAAAAAAAAAAAAGGCAGGUCUCUUGAUUGAUACUUAGUCAGGGCUCACCAGUUCACCUAGUCUAGCUGGCCAGCUUACUACUAGGGAUUCCUGUCUCUAUCUUCUGAUCGCAGGCAGGAUGCUACAAUCACCCAGCAUUUGUGUGGGUACUGCAUAUCUUAACUCCAAUCCAUAGGCUUGUCCAGCAAAUGUUUUACCCGCUGAGCCAUCUCCUCAGCUUCAAGCACUAGACAGAGUUACUUCAUCAAUACAUGCUUACGCUAUUGUAUAUGUGCCAAGACAAUGCCCUCUCUCCCUCCCUCCCCUUCCCUUCCUCCCUCCCCUUCCCUUCCUCCCUCUCCUCCCCUCCCCCUUCCCCUCCCCUCCCCCUUCCCCAUCCCCCUCCUCCCCUCUCCUCUCUCCCUUCCUCCUUCUCUCUCUCCCCUCUCUUGAAAGAGGACCUCAUGUAGUCAGGCUGACCUGGAACUCAAUUAUAUAGUCAUGGAUGACCUUAAACUCCUAAUCCUCCUGCCCCUGCCUUUCAAAUGCUAGGAUUGAAGUUAUGCACUGCUUUCACUUCAGUGUAGUCAUUGGAAAGCAAAUAUAAUUGUAUUUUUUUCUACCUUUACCCCCAUACAAGGAUGGGAAUAACAGUAACGCCCAGCAAUUAGUAGAGUCUAUUAUGAUUAAUAUGAAGGGAAUGCAUAGUAAAAGCACACUAAGCAGUUCUAAAGUAUAAAAGCUUUUUAAAAACAGUAUGCUCUAUAGCGUGGCACCUCCUUUAUCAUUCCCAAGGAUGUACUAAAGCGAUGAAAUGAAGAAACUGCCAUGGGCUGCAUAGGAUGGCUGUCCGUUGUGUCUUUCAUUACGCUGUCUGUUGUCUGUCGGCUUCAAGCACAGCCUUCCCAGUAUUCCCUGGAGAUGCUAAAGCAGGAAUCUACCGCAUCAUGUUUUGCUAGGCCAUGCUUGCAGGAACUAUGCUAGAGCAGCUAUGCCAGACCUGUGGGUUGAGACCCCGGGGAGGUGGUGUGUGUCAAAUGACCCUUUCACAGGGGUCUCCUAAGACCAUGGAAAACACAGAUAUGUACAUUAACUAUUCAUAACAGUAGCAAAAUCACAGUUAUGAAGUAGUAACAAAAGUAAUUUUAUGGCUGGGGUCACCACAACUUGGGGAACUGUAUUAAAAGGUCACAGCAGAGGAAGGUUGAGAACCAAUGCUCUAAAGGAUGCUGUGGAUCUGAAAUAUAGGAGUACUGUGUGCUUCCCCUUGCUCCCUUGGCUUCCUGUCUGAAUCACACUAUAGUGCUGCCUCUUUUCACAAUGGCAGAAGCCCUCACCCUCCUCAGAAGCCCUCACCCUCCUCAGAAGCCCCCACCCUCCUCAGAAGCCCUCACCCUCCUCAGAAAUCCUCUUGCUAUCUCUUUAUUUUCAUCUCAAACCUUUCAUUUUUCAGACCUGUACUACACCUGGGAUAUGAGGAGUUUUUAAAUUCUUCCCUCUGUACCUAGUUAACAAUUUUCUGUACUAAUUUUUUCUCUUAUAAAAGCAAUUGGUGGGAAUUUUGCCUCUUCACUGGACCCUGACUGAUAGGCCUGUAAGAUUCAGACUUCUCUGCCCAACUUUAGUUUCACAGUUACCGUCUUCAUCUGAGUGAGCUUUUCCUCUCAGCAGCCGGGAAGGUGUGCUUAGAUGCCGUGCGAAUGCUGGCCUUCAGACAGGCCUCAAGGACAAGAACAUGCUUACAUCUCUGAUAUGUUUUCUUGGAUCUGUGGGGUAGAUCGGUGUUGAUUCCCUCUGGUAGCAUUGCCAUAGCCUGGAAGAGCUGUUUUGAUAAACAAUAGAGUUCAGUUCUCUUUGGUCCCCGAUGUGCCUCCAUCUCCAUAUAUGGUAAUGCAGUCAUCCUUUGGUAGCAUGAGGGAUUGUUUCCAGGACCCCCACAGAUACCAAAGUCUGGAAAUGUUCAAGUCCUUGUAUAAAUGGUGAAGCAUUUGCAUAUGACUCGUGCAUAUCCUUCUGUAUAUUUUCAGUGAUCUCUAGAUUAUCUACUACAAUGUAAACAUAAAAGUGGUUGUUAUGCUGGGUUAUUUAUACAAUAAUGACAAUGACAAAAACCCUAACAUCUUCAUUAUGAUGUGGGUUUUUUCUGUUAAUUUUCAAUCUAAAGUUGGUUGAAUUGAUACUGUGGGCUAACUGUAGUCAUAGAUACGGAACUGUGAGCUGACUACAUAGGAAGCUUCUAGCUUGGUUUACAUGUGAAGUUUGAUCAACACCUCUCUUGGGUUGCUGAGAGUAAGAUGACACAUAAACCGUCUAGCACAGGACUGGACUUGGAAAGAGUGACACCUUCCCUUCACGGUACUUGCUGCUCUGCAAUCCAAAGGGAGGUCAGCUCUUUGACAACUAGACCAAAUUAUUAAUUCAAAAAAGUUUUUGUAAAAAACAUAGUGUGGGGGGGCUGACUGAUCCAUUGCACAGGAAGUGAUCUACUCUUGGCUUCUGGCAGAAAUCUCUUCUUUUUAAAGAAAGAUAUGUAAGAAAGAAUUGGCUUGUCUUGGGUCUUCUGAAAGGUAUGUCUGCCUGAGAGCCAGAAGCUAAUUAUGUCAGGAACCAGCAAAGGAACUCCCCUGAAGGUAAAGAUAUCACUGAAGCCGGGGGAGCACAUAGAUGGUGGUGGGCAGAAAGGUACAACCCGGAUGUUCAUGUCCUCACCUCUGAGACCCGUGGAUGGCUGUCUACAUGGCCAAAGAGCCUUUACGUCCAGGGGCAGCAAUGUGUGCUGGGAUCCCAUAUUUGAGGAGGCUGAGACAGAGGAUGGUGAAUUCAAGGCUGUGGCUACAUAGAAGACCCCAUCGGAAAAACACAGCAGAAUGAAGAGCUUUGGACAUGCUACUGAAGGCAUGGGGGCCUGAGUUGGGAAGAUUGGCUUGGUCGUCUUGUGGCCAUCAUAGCGGUCUUUAGACGUGGAAGGAGUGGCUGGAAAGAUAGAUUGGUGAUUAAGCGUAUGUGCUGCUCUUCCAGAGGACCCAGGUUUGGUUCCCAGCAUCCAGUUUGUGUGGCUCACAAACACCUCUAAUUUCAGCUCCAGGAAACCCAACACCCUCUUCUAGACUUGGCAGUACCUGCACUUCGUAUGAACAUUCCCACACAUAAGCACACAUAAACACACAACUAAAACAGCAAAUCUUGUCUUAAAAUGGAAGACUGUAACAGGACAGUCAGCAUGAGAUUAAUUUGAUAUGAGAAGGACUUGUCCAAUCACUGCUGGCUUGAAGGUGUUUGGGGGACAUUAGCCAGGGUAUGUGGGUGGUUUCUGGGAACCAGUAAAGGGAAGGAAAUGGCUUCUCCCCUGGAGUCUCCAGGAAGCAAUAGACAUGCUGAUGCUGACCACGUGAGAUGUGGCAUCAGACUUCCCACCUCCCACGAGAGAGGUGAUAAAUUUGUGUGGGUUUAGCUAUUUAGUCAGUGGUAAUUUGUUGCCACAGCAGGAGGAGGCCGAUGUAGAUGAAAAGAGCCCGGGUACUUCAUGCCUUCCUCGCCCUCCCAAUCAGCCAUCCCCAGGGGCACCCCGUGUUGCUGUCAUGUGAGACAAUUGACAUGGCAUUUAAUCUGCUUUGAGUCAGGUUUUUCUACUUACAGCCCCAGUUGUCCUGCUCAUGAUCCUUACGUGUUUAGCAGAGCACUGUGUCUCGGCCAGACCUUAAGUGAGUAUUGGUUGAAUGGUUAAAGAGAGGUUAGUGAGAAAAGAAUCCCAGAAUCCUCAUCUGAAAAAGAUCGGCUGCUUUCUGGUUCAGAGUAUGUGUGAUAACUCUGAACUUCUUUCAAAUAAAACACAAAGGACGCUUGGAAUGACGGAUAAAUUAUUUGAAUGCCGGGAUGGCUGGAAGACCAGCAGGUGCACUUUCAAAUUGCCAGAUUCAUUUCCUAUUGUGACCUCCAGGCUUCCAAAUUCUUCUUUCUGAAAUAGCAUUUCAGCAGGCCCUGUGAACAUGCCAAGAAGUGAUUAUUUUUACAAAUCCAGAUGAUUUCCUAAUUUUGGAUCACUCAGGCAGAGGUAGAAAUGAAGGGAAACAUGGACUGUUUUCCCAUCUCCGCAGAGUGGGAACAGACGAGUACUGGCUUUAAACAAAUGUUGCUGACAACCCCAGCCGUGGUUAUCAUCGGACAGCUGUUCAGUGGCCUCUGUGAACUCAGCUGGAGGCCCAGCCCAGCUCAAGACGAGAAGGGCCAAAGGGCAAAUGCUAUUUCAGUUGGUUUCCAACACUUUUCUCCACCACUUCUGGGGUUUGAAUUAAUAUUGUAGUUUCUGUUCCAAAGACCUCGGUGAGGCUCACAAUCACCCUCUACGAUUCUUCAGUUUGUUCCCCUACCCCACCUCCACCCGUGUGGGUGUACUUGUUCAGCCUUGUCUCCCUCCUCUCCCUUUUAGCCUGUUUUUCUAAAAUUAGUUCAUGACCUCUGGAAAGUAGAAUUCCCCUUCAUGCCAGGUCCACCACUGCCUAUGUAGUGUGGGUUCUGAUAAACUGAUUGCCUAAUGGCCUUGCACGUGAGUGUGCCCACCAGGAUUUCAAUCUUCUGUGCUAUGCGGUUCUGAUGGUGGAGAGGGCAAGGUUUGCUGGGAACUCUGAACUAUGCCCCUAUAUCCAAUCCGGGUGAUGAGCUCAUCCACGGCUCAUGUAUUUGAUCUGGUCUCUCACAGGAUAAAUUCUUAGAAAGUCAGAUGUUGCAGACUUUCUUUUCUAGAGGUGAGCUAGAAAGGUUUUUAAGUAAUUUUGAGAGUCCUAGAUGGAAGACUGUAGGGUUAGCCCACACUGUGGAUGUCGUAGCAUACUGUCAGCCCACAUCUGCAAAGCACUCUGACUACAUUGCUGGUAUUUCUAUGUUCUUGUUUAUUUAUUUUAUUUUUUUCUAUUCUUUUCUUUACAGAUUUAUCUGUCCACUUUACAUCCUGAUUGCAGCCCCCUUCUCUCUUCUCCUCCUAGUCCCACCCUCACAAACCCUUCACCUGAUUACCCCUGUCCUUUUCCUAAGAAGGGGAAGGCCCCCUGGGUACCACCCCAUCCUGGGACUAAGGGUGCAUCCUCUCCCACAGAGGCCAGAUAAGGCAAGGAGAAGGGGAUCCAAAGGCAGGUAACAGAGUCAGAGACAGCCCCUGCUCCAAUUGUUAGGGACCUGCAUGAAGACCACUCUGCAUGUCUUCUACAAAUGUGAAGAGGGCCCAAGUCCAGCUCCUGCAUGCUCUUUGGUUGGUGGUUCAGUCUCUGUGAGCCUCCAAGGGCCCAGGUUAGUUGACUCUGUAGAUAUUCUUAUGGUUUAUGGUGUCCUUGACUCUUCUGGCUCCCUCAGUCCUAGCCCCCACUCUUCCACAAGAUGCCCAAAGCUCCCCUUAAUGUUUGACUGUGGGUCUUUGCAUCCAUUUCUAUCAGCUGCUGGAUGAAGUCUUUCAGAGGACAGUUAUGCUACACUCCUGUCUGCAAGCAUAGCAGAAGUAGCAUUAGUAGUGUCAGGAGUUGGCUCUCUCCCAUGGGAUGAGUCUUAAGUUGGGCCAGCCAUUGGUUAGCCCUUCCCUCAGUCUCUGCUCCAUCUUUAUUCCUGUGUAUCUUGUAGGCAGGACAGAUUUUGGGUCAAAGGUUUUAAGAUGGAUUAGUGUUCCCUUCCCCUGAACUGGAAGUCCCGCCUGGCUAUAGGAAGUGGCCACUUCAGUCUCCAUAUCCAGCUUCUAGGAGUCUCAGCUAGGGUCACUCCCAUAGACUCCUGGGACCCUUUCCUGCCCCAGGUGUGUGUGUGUGGUGGGUACAAGAGGGUUGAGAGAGAGAGAGAGAGAGAGAGAGAGAGAGAGAGAGAGAGAGAGAGAGAACUGACAUCAGUGGGAGUGGGGAUCUCUGUCCCUUCUUGUUUCUAAGUGAAUUAAGUGAAGAACCACCUUCCUUUUCUUUACUGAUGCCAUGGUCAAACUUUUACUUCUUUUUAAAGUCAAUUGCUCUUUUAGCUACCUUUUCCUUCUUCAUGCUGCCAUGCUAAAACCCUUUAAUAUAAUUCAAUAUGAAACCCAAUAAUAAAUUAUAUUCUUAUAACAAUGCAUACCUGAAGCCUGGAGAUACAGCUCAGUGGUAGAGUACAUGUUUAACACUUGGAAACUCCUGGAUUGCGUCCCCAGCAGCAGUACCUAUAUCUAGAUAAUAUGCUCCAAUACAAGACACUUCUCUUUGUUUCCAAAGAUAAAAGUAGCCUCUAAAAAGUUUUUUCCUAUGCUGUACUUGGGAGUGGGUGACUGAGGCCGUAGUUCAUUGGUAGAGCAUGAAACCUUAGUUUUGACUCCAGCACCCAAAGCAGCAAAUAUAUAAAAUAGCGAGACUAGAACUUGUCAUUCCAGGUGUUAACGGGCAGGACAAAGGUUCUAGCACAAAACUUGCUUGGAGCACCUGUGGUAAAGAAGGGCUAGACCAGAAUAAAAUGCCAAGGAACAGAUCAGAGCCAAGUGUAGUUACCGGCAUUGAGUCACAUACCAGCUUGAGAUCUAUAUCUAUAUCUAUAUCUAUAUCUAUAUCUAUAUCUAUAUCUAUAUCUAUAUCUAUAUAUCUCGAGAGAAAGAGAUAGAGAUAGAUAGAUAAUAAUCAAACUUUCUUAUAACAUGUCUUAGGAUUAUAUAUUAUUGUACUGCACACACACACAUACACACACAGAGAGAAAGAGCAAGAGAGAGAGAGAGAGAGACAGAGAAGUUCAUGCUUCAAUGUUAGCAGGAACUGACUACAAUGAGUGUAUGACAUGUGAACUAUACAUGCUAAGGCAGAAAUAUUUAAUUGGAUUAAGAGAAGAGCAUAAGCACUCAGGCCAUGUCAAAAAAGUUUCUCUUGUGCAUAGUGGUUAGUGAAGAUACUCAUAACUAGUCAGUGUGCAGAGAAAAUGCAUCUGUGGGCUCCACCACAAGUGGGACAUCUGUGUCACACCCCUCCUCGUAGGCUUGGGGACCUCAUGGGUGAGUGGUCAGGUUGUAAGGACCAGAGGUCUAAGAGGACUUACUCGAAACAGUAAGGCCUCUGCACUCCUGAACGUAACAGCAGCUGCAGUUGCCUGCAUGAGACCCGCAGGAAGUCAAGCUAGUCAGUACUGCAGCGUGGGAUAUGUGCGGCUCCUGAGCCCCCACCUCUAACUGAGCAUCUAUGGAUAGUUGAUGGCUUCUGGGCGAAGAAGACGCUGCUUAUCUAAUGGCAAAUGAGAUGAAAAGAAAGGGACAGGAAAUGAGCAGAGCUCUCAGGUCCACAGGGGCAAACCCUCGAUGACUUAACUUCAUUCCGUCUGGUCCCACAGCUUAAGGCUUCUGCCCCUUCCCAAUAGUGCCCUGCGUUGGGGACCAAGCAUGUGGGCCCUUGAGAGACAUUGGGAUUUUAGUGAUGUUUACCGGGUGCAAAGCACAUAAUAUUUUCAGUGUUAUAAGCAACGAGCCACCAUAAAUUCUGCCAGGGGCCAUCUUUAUUGCCAGAGGGGACCUGUUUAGAAAAAUAAGAAAUUACUGUAUCCAGAGGAGUAGAUCACAGUUGCAUUAAGCAUGGAGAGGGCAUGUAUAAGUUCUCAAGCAGGGUUGAUUUUCUCUGUAGAUUGCACACUUAGUAACAAAGCAGGAGAUGAGAGGACACUGGUGAGGCUGACCUUGGUUCUCUCUUCAGUGAGGUAUUGCAGCCAACCUCUGAUUACUCUGAGUUGGGUUGGAAGAAGUUAAUUCAGAAGAGAAGACGGGCGGGGAGGAUAGGAUAAACAUGGGAGAGGAUUUUAAAAUCUUGACAAAGCAGAAGCUUUGUGGGAUUGAGUUUGCGUGAGGUACUACUGCUUGCCGAGGACAGCAGCAAGGUAGUGCUGCUCAUCCUGGGGUCCUGGCUCUGAGUGAGGGGCUGAGAGCAUGCUAUGUGUUGGACCGAUGAUGUGGGAUGGGUAGAAGGCCUCAACUUCAUGGAGGAAGGUCACAAGGUCUUGUUUCAGGAUUUUAGCUGGACUUUACUGGUGACUUAGAGCUGAUACGUCUACGGACUUGAUACCACUUCUGAGAACAUCUGCUGUGCAAAUGGGAAGAAGAUACUGAUUUGAAAUUAAUCAGGAGGUUCUGUCAUCCCUAGACAUCAUGCUGGCCUUUGCAGGAGUGACCGGAUCAGUCAGUUUUACAGUAACAGAAGCAGAUCGUCAGUUUAUGUGCUGUUAGAUGCAGAUAUGCCUGUGGGUAAUAAUAAUAAUAAUAAUAAUAAUAAUAAUAAUAAUAAUAAUAUAAAAAAAAUCACCAAAGAGUCUAGGCAUGUAAAUCAUUAAAGUGUUAAACUUAUCAUUUUCGAUGCUAGAUUUGCUGAUUUAGAAUUUAUAGCUAAUUUCACCCUUUUUAUGGAACAUUUUAUGCUCAGGUAAACAUAUGUAAUCAAGACAGAACAGCUGCGUUCCCCAGAAAGUUCUCCUAGACCUGUUUGCUCGCCAUCCUGCUUGCCGUGCCCAGUGUCUCGGCAUUACUGAUUGUUUUCCGUCUGCAUAGUUGUGCCUUUUCUGAAGCGGAAUAUAAACAGAGUUAUGAAACCUGUCACUGUUGGACCUGGUGUUUUCCUCAGGCAUGCGCACUCUAGAUUCACCCAUGCUGUUGCCUGCAUUUGACCAUCUGUUGCUUUUUAUUAGUGGGGAAUAUUCCCACAGGGUGACAGCAGCAGUGUGGUUUCCCGUCUACCAUUGAAAGGCCGGCAGUCAGGGAGUGCACACCAAAGCUCAUACCCGUUUGUGUGAGGGUGUCUGGGUGAACAAAUGUGUACAUAUUGGGUAGGGUUGUCGGAUUCUAUGAUAAGCGUGUGUUUCUCCUGUAAUGACUUUUCCAAAGUCGCAGAAGCCAUUUCAUGUGUAUGAAGACAGGAUGUGUGUGCAUAGUGGCUGGGUGGGACAGCCUUGGAUACUUGUUCCUUGGGAGCUGUCCAUCCUGUUUUUUAAAAACAGAGUCUUUCACUGGAACAUUAAUUAGAGUAGGCUCACUGGUCAGUGACUAUCAGAGAUCUACCUGUCUCUCUCUCCAGUACUUUGAUUCCAUGUGUGAGCCACCAUACGUGAAUUCUGAGACUCAAACUCAAGUUCUUGUGCUUAGCUGCAGGUACGUUACAGACUGAAGCAUUGUUUGAGGUCCCAUUCUUAGCAUCUCUUUAAAAAAAAAUCGAUACAUUUUAUAGUGUAAAGUGUCCUUGCCUUUCCCAAGUACACAGCCUCUUUCUAAGUAGCUAUACUUUUGUAAUAAGGCCAUUUUGGAAGAUGAUUAGAGUCAGUUCUUAUUGUUUGUGGUAGUUAUUGUGAGUAAAAUCUCCACGAACACUGCAUUAGUGGACACCAUGCCAUUGUUCUUAAGGGGCAUGGGAGGUUAGAUUCACAGAACCAUUUGUCAACCAUUCAAUAUGUAAUCUUGCUUUCACUGUGUUUCUGUCUGUGCCUCUGUGGAUAAGGAAAUUAGUUUGCCACAUGUGGACUAGGCUCUAUGAAACACAUUAAAUCUCAAACUGGGCACGGUGGCGCAUGUCUUUAAUUCUGGCGUUUGGAGAGCAGAGGCAGAUGGAUCUCAGUGAGUUCGAGGCUAGCCUAGUCUAGAUAGUGAACUUGAGGCUAGCCAGGGCUUCAUAGUUAGAAAGCUAUCUAAAAACAAACAACAAACAAACAAGUAAAACGACUCACUUCAAAUCUUUCCCUCCAUAUCUCACACGGACUAGCGCAGACUUGAACUUUUGCUUUCAUGUUCAAAAAUCUUCUGUGGCAGUCAACCAUAGCAACAAGCACACACUCAGUUCUUAUAAUGUAAGUGCUGAGACCCACAUUCUGUCAUACCACUAGCUGUAGCGCAUGUGUUUAAUAUUCAGAGACAGAUUAAUGCACUUUCCAAACCUCCUUUGCUGGCGAGUAAUUAGAAGUUUUCUAGAUUGACUGCCAAUAUGAUAUAGGUCCCAAAGAAAUCACUUCUCUUUUCCGAGACAGGACAAUAAAUUGGUUUUCCUGAAUAUACUGGGUAAAGAAUCCGAGUGCUUGACCUUGAAUAUUUCAUUGGUCGUGCUGUAUGCAGUGGGGACCAGAAUGACGUUCGCUGAAAUGCCUGAGAUUUAUAACAUAAUAGCUUGAGCAUAUGUGCCAAGAAAUAGAAAUCUUAAACCCUAUCAAAUCAAGAUUAAUUACCUAUUAAAAUGCUAACACGUAGUGUAGUUCACCCGGUGUCACAGGCCUUCUCUCUGCGUAUAUUGUUACAAAGCACACCAGCUCGGCCGCUACACGAAACGCCCUGUGUCCGAUCCCACUCGCGGUGGGUGAAGCCUUCUGCUCAGUCAUUCUUCUCUGUGUGGCUCUGGCACCUGCUUAGGACCGUUCCACCACAAAGCACAUGCUGCUCUCUGGAAACUGAAAUUCCCUGGCUUUGUCCUGCUGCCAACAGCCUGUUGCUUCUCUCAUCAUUAACUACUCUGUAUCUAUCCCUUUCUUGCUAGGUGGACAGUAACCCACACAGCACUCCCGUGACAAGGAAAACAGUAGUUUGCAUCCCCCCUUGCAAGCCUUGAGAAAAUGGACCCCACGGGCUAAAUCUCUUCUUGCUGUUCAGCUGUCCUUUGCAUUAGUGGUUUCAACUGUUGUCCAGGUGGCAGUGGCAGAAAUGUGUGGGGAAAAUGCUCGUGAGACUGUCUUACUAACCCUUCCGCUAGACUCGAACUGAAAGUCGUGGUGUCGCUAAGUUGGCUUCUAAUGAAUGGUCAGUCAGCAAAUAUUUAGUGAGAAUCUAUUAUGUGGCCAACUCUUCUGGGCUUGGUGACACCAAGAAUGGAGGGAAAGAUCGUCCCUGACCCGGUGCAGCUAUUCUUUCUUAUGCUAAAUGGCUUUGGUUCAAAUAUCCUGUAUUGGAACACAAUGGGAAAGAAGCGCUGGAGCAGGGGUGGAAAUAAAUAGCAGCAUUCUUAAACUAUCAUCAUCCUUUAAAAAGCAGGCCAGGGUUUUGAAAAAAAAAAGUUCUGUUUAAAAAAAACAGAUAAAGUACAGCCUUUUGAAAAUUUUAAUAUCUCAGAUUUAUGCAAAGUCAAACAUAUUUCAAGCUUUUCAAAUUCACACCUUGUGCAUCCGUUUCCUGCAACGAGUAAUUAUGCCCAGCUCCCUGCAGCACUUCAGUGUUCCUGGCCUUGUGGGUCAUUACCCUGCUCCACGUUCCGAAGGAAACCCAGCAUAUGUCAUCCUUUUUUGAGACCCGGGACCGUCUAGCUACAGCUUGUGACAAGCCGCACCUCUUCGUUUGCUUUCACAAAACCAAUGCUGCAGCACUGAUGUGAAAUAUCAUGUCUUUCCUUUCUCACUCUCAGUGAGAAGGGGAAGAGACGCUCCUUCGUCAUUCCCUUUGUGGAUUUUGGCUUUCUUUGGGAAGUGCCAAUAUGCAUUCAUUUUUUAUGUUGCUCUGGAAAGCUGUAAGCUGCCUCCUAAGCCACAAAGCAAACUCGGUCCCAGUGGGUUCUCCAAGUGCAGGUCAGAAAGGUGGGAAGCUUUGUUUUUCUAGGCAGAGAGAGCAUGUAUAAUACACUUGUAACCUGCUUAGCUUCCCAAGUCCUCAACUUCAGCCAGCUCCUCUGCUAAGGAAGCCCACAUCAAUCUGUCACUGGUGGUCAGCGGAGCAGCGCAGAGCCAGUGUUCCUGUGAACCGACAGUGGAAUGACUUGCCUCCCAGCCGGUGAUCAAUCUGUGCUGGACAGCAAUGUGUUUGCCUCUACAAGCGAGCUGGGCCCCUCUGCCACAUAUCUCUGCCAACUUUUGAAAGAAAGAGUCUGUUUCAGUUCUUUUGGGGGUAAAGACAAAAGACCUGUCUCUCUUUACACAACCAGCUAUUGAACAGUCCACACAAAGAUUCACAGCCAGUAUCCUACAAAGAAGCCAUGGGGGUGGGUAUAGAUAGUAUGAAUACGCACUCAUACCUACAGAGUAAACAUCUGUUUUUCCUCAGUAAAGACGAUGUGCUCGUGAUGCUAGAUGAACCAUUCCCGGGAAGUUCUCACAUAAAUAUGAAAAGGUUCUGGAUUCUGGAGUUCAGAGUUCAGGAUGCUAGUUGACUUCUCUGCUUGAGUUGAAGGCAGUGCUGUGAAAACCCAGUCGGCUCUGCCUGAGGCUUCUCAUGAUCCUGAUGGGCCACAGAGAGAAAGGCCCGUGCUGCUGAGUGACUCACGUUUCUACCAAGUUGGUGCUCCAGGGACUACAGACUGGUGCUCUCACCAGCUGCCAAUGCUGAAGGCGUUUCUUGUGGUGCAUUGUGGCAGGGUGGGCUUGGACCACUCAGCAAGCAUGCUCAGUAGCCAGACUUGGAUUUGGUAGAAGCGAAGGGGCAAGAGAAGAUUGUGGGAAGUAACAGAGGAGGGCAAACAGAAAGUAGAUGUGUAGAGAGGGCUUCCUGUGUAUGGUAAGCCUAAGCCCUGGUACAAUGUGGGGUACCUUCAGGGUAGGGGUGAAGGAAGGGCAACAGGAGUAGACAAUAGCAAAGUAGAGAACUUUGAUGUUCCAAAAGGAAAGUGUGUGUUUGGUAGAGUGUUAGUAGCCACAGCUGUUGGCUCUUGUCUCUGACCAGAGAACCCACUGGGUAAACAGAUUGCUUGGUUGUCAUUUAGUAGAACAGUAUAAUAAAACAUAGACUUUUUUUGUCUUUUUUGGGAGACAUGUUCCUCAUUUCUCUUUAGAGAGUACGGCUCUCUAGACCCAUGGAGGAACCAGUAGAAGACACAGAUGAGUCUGAAAGAACGAAGUUAUUUGGACGUACACUACUACUCAGCUGGGCCUCCUUAGCCAUGGAAAUUUCGUAGAUGAACUUAAUGGAACCUUCCAAAAUCAAACUUUGUAAACCCGGAGGGGACUAUACUAUGUGGCCAGAUUUUAAGAUUCCUUGGGAUGGGACCUGUGUGUGAUCCUUUUUAAUGUUCUCCACUUACACAAGGUAGGAGAUAAUUUUUGAUGGACAAAUAAUGUUUGGUUCCAUUCUGGCCCAGAGGAAAGAAACCAAAGCUCUAAGCUGCUUCAGUAACUAAGUUAACAAGUCAGCCCCAAACAUGGAGAGUCUCAACUCAGGAAUUCUGAUGUUGACCUCCUAAGCAUGAUAUACAACUUUUCUAGUCCUCAAGCCUCUCUCUGAGGGUGGUGUGCAAGAAGGACAUGCCACAGAAGGGCCUAUUAUCUUCUUUGAUGUUAACAGCCAUGCCUGCUUGGAUCUUUUCAGGCACCUGGGUAAUUCUUUCUAGCCUUAAUUAGCCCUUUUUUAAAAUAAUGCUUUUAAUUUGUUCUUCAAAAUUUUCACACCAGGCAUGGUGACAUAUGCCUUUAAUUCCAGCACUUGGGAGGCAGAGGUAGGCAGAUCUCUUAAGUUCAAGGCCAGCCUGGUCUACGCAAUGAGUUCCAGGACAACCAGGGCUACAUAGGGCCUGUCUCACAAACAAACAAGUAAGAGGAAGAAUGAUUUCAUGCAUAUGUGCAAUGUAUCCCUUUUGUCUUCCCUUUCAAACCCCCCAGACACCUCCAACACAUCCCUCUGUGAGUUCACAUCCUGUUUUAAAAAACAAACAAGCAAACAAACAAACUCACUGAGGCCAAUUAGUGUUGCUCUUGUGUAAGUGGAUAUGCGCCAUCUGUUGGAGUGUAGAAUACCUACCAGUGGCCACACCCACAAAGAAAAACAAAAAGUACUUUCCCUCCUUCUGCAGCCAUCAGCUGCUUGUAGUUCCUCAGCUAGAGGUGAGGGCUUAUGAACUUCUCCCUCAUCCAUGUUGGAAUUUUGAUUGCUUUGCUCUCAUGUAGGUCUUAUGUAUGUGACUACAACUAACGUGAGUUCAUGACCAGAGCAGCCAUGUCUAGAAGUUAUGUCUAGAAGACCACGUUUCACAAUACUUGCCUUAUUCUAUACCUCUUACAUUCUUUCCAUUCCCUCUUCUGCAGUGUUUCUUGAGCCUUGGGGGAGAGAAUGUAGUGUCCUAUUUAGCACUAAGUAGUCACAGUCAUUUAUUCUCAGAAUGUGACCAGUCAUCAGUGUCUGCACUGAUCACUGCCCAUUUCCAAAAAAAAAAAAAAAAAAAAAAAAAAAGGGAAGCUUCUUUGACUAAGAUUGAGAGAGGCACAAAUCUAUGAGUGUAAAUGCAUAUUUAGAAGCAGUUUGACAAGAUGACAAUUUGGCAAAACAACCGCAAAGCACUAGUAAGCUUCCCCCUAGAGCCCUAGCUAUAGACUUUUGACCAGGUCUGUAGUACUAGGCCCAAAUUCCCUCCCAUGGAGCAGGUCUCUGAAAGUGGUUGGUUACUCCUACAAUCGUCAUGCCACUAUUGCACCAAUGGGCACACUUGCCUGGCAGGUCAAGAUUGUAGUUUUCAGGGUCUGUUCUUCCUCAGGGGCCUGUCUAUCACCUUCUGUCACUGUGAAAGCUAGCCAGAAGAGAGGAAGUUUCCUGGGAGAACGAUUUCUCCGUGUCCUGAAUAAGCAGGGUUACUAUCUACUUAUGGUAGGCAUUCAGGACCAAUAGCAUUCUAGUUUCAUUUCUGUUGCUAUGAUAAAAUACCAUGACAAAAAAAAUCUACUUAGAGGUUUGCUUUACAAUUCUAGGUUAUAUUCCGUCCUUGUGGGGAAGUCAAGGGAGGAACUUGAGAUAGCAGUCACAUUAUAUCUAAGAACGGAGAGAGAAUAAGUUUAUGGAUGCCUAUUUGUUUGCUUGUGCUUAGCUCAGUUUCUUCAACCUUAAACAAUUUGAGAACACCUAGCCUAAGGAAUGGUGCCACCUACAGUGGGUUGGGUCUUCCAACAUCAAUUACUUUGAUUAAGAGAAUCCUCCAUAGACAUGCCCACAGGGCAAGCCAAUGUAGAUAAUCCUUCUGUGAAAUUUCUUUCCCAGAUGAAUCUGGAUGAGUCAGUUCAGGCUAACCAUCACAAGUAGCAAUAAAAUAGCCUGUGUUGUUUUGGAGCCCUCUGGGACCUGCCUAACCAGUACCUCCAAUAGGGAAGUAUCUCGUGCCUUGCAUGAAGAUUGUAGUGUCUUCUGGGAACAGCAUUAUCCAUUCAUGUAGGGUACCUCUGCCUCUGUUUAAACUUUCUUCUUUAAAGCUCUUUUAUAGAAAAGUUGCAUUUAAUUUUGCUUGCUUGCUUUGUUUAUUUGUAUGCAUGUGAGAGGUGGGCAGAUGCGUGCCAUGGCAAGUGUGUGGAGGUCAGAGGACAGCUUGUGGAAGUCAGCAAUACUAUUCUGUGGUAUAGGUCCUGGGAUUAAACUCAGAUCCUCAGCUUUGGUAGUAAGCUAGACCAUCUUGCUGGCUACCAGUCAACUCCUUUGUUUUUGAAAUUAAAAAUCUGAGUCUUUAACCAGAUUUCCAAAUCCCACUGACUCUUGAGUGUAAAUGGAUCCCCUUUAGCAUUGAUGUUCAGCGAUGUUGAAUCACUGAUGCUCACACUUUCUUAGCGUCCCUCGUUAAGCUUCUUAAGUCUUGAGAUGUAUCUUACAUCCUUAGGAAUCUGAGUUGCUGAAGUCCACCAUUGACACCUGUCACCACCACCAUUCACCCUUUUGGUUCCAAGAUGACAACUUAAGUUUGCAUAAAGAUAAACAUGUUGGAAAUUGAUAUAAGUGAAGCCAGAUGUGUUGGCUGGCUCAAAUAGAAUCCUGGCACUUGCAAGGUUGAAGCAGGAGGAUUGCUCAUUCUAUACUAGUCUGAGCUACACAGAUCACUCCAACUUAGCCUCUGAUAUAUAUUGAAACCUUUCUCAAAGAAAAUAUUUUUGUUUUUGCAAUACAGAAAACAUGACUUUAGAGUAAUGGAUUUUUGUAGGGUUGAGGGGAAAAUGUAGGGAAACCAAUCCAGAGAAGACUUGAAGUAGUUCAGUUCCAAGAUGGUACUGGCCUAAACCGGAGUAUUUGAAACAAGAUAAUAAGAGAGUUGUCAGAUCUGAUAGUUGAUGCAGUUAGCAGGACAAAAUGGUUAGUUGAAUUCUGAUUGGUGCAAUAGAUGACAAGGCCAUUCAUGAUCCAGGGGACCAGGGAAAAAGGAACACAUGGAGAUAAAUUGAAGAACAUUGAGUUCAAGGAUGCCUGAGGUCAUCUUAGUUAUUUCAGAGAUAAUAAACUCCUUUGCAGGCCGAAGUUCAAGCAAGAACUGUGCCUGGAAAUAGGUAUAAGUCAAGCCAUGGGAGUGAGUGUAGAGGAAGAGGAGUCGAGGGCUAGGCCAGAGCUCUGAGGAGGGCCUUCAUUUAUGGCUCAGUGAUGCUGCAUAGCCAGCAGAGAGCAUGAGGUAAAUUGGAGUGGUUAACAAGGGUCAAUGAUAUUUGAUCAAAUGCAUAAGGGUCCCUUAAUCUUCCCUGUUGCAUUCUUUUUAGUCUUUCAUACUCAGAAUUACAUUUUUUUCAAGCCUAGCUUUAUGUCUCUCGUUUGGUUCAAGGAGGAAAUGUGGAGUUUUGCUUUGAGGUAAGGGAAGCAGGUGGUAGGGUUGAGACAGGAGUGAGAUAAACUCCUGGGUGCUGGUGACUGAGAGGAGGCCAGCCCUAGCAAAGUGAAUGGAGAGUCACUUUGGGAAUGGUCACUUUGGGAAGGUUGAUCUAGACUGUUGUUGCAGUUUCUGUGAACUUACUGGGGAUCACAGAAUGAUGGCUGCUGUGGUAGAGGAGGGAGUCGACUGAAAGAGUAAACUGGAUACCGAUGUGAAGCACCAUAGGCAUCAGUCCCCCACUGAAGAUAUCUGCAGUAAAUGUAGGGGGCGAAUUUAGUGGAGUGGUAGCUCUGAAGGCUUAAAGCAGGGCCUUGGAGAGGGAUGGGGACACCCAUGAUGAGAGGAAACAAUGAGGGAAAAAAACAGUUCCCAGCCCUGGAGCCUGCAUAAGCCCCCAAGUUGGAGAGUAGGACAUUUCUUAAGUGGCCUCUGGCCCAGGGUUUCCCUGGUAGGUUCUGACAGGUUACCCAGGUUACCCAGCUGUCAGCCAGUGAGUUGUGGAGCAGCCUUCUACUCUUCUCUGCUCUUUUCCUGUUCUUUCAAGAAGCCCAGUGAGGUUGUCCAGGGUUCUAGAAAUGAGCGAGUUUAUUCCAGCAGCUUUCCCCACCCAAUCCACCCAAGGUUGGAAUCUCACAUGGGCAGGGACUCAGGUAUAGAGCAGUCCUUGCCUUCUAUCUCUUCUCUGUAGUUUUCAUGGACUCUGUGGAACUAAAAAGAAAGAAAAUGCUAAGCGUUCCCCACUACAUGUCCCUUCCCCAUCAGGAAAGCGCACUGCUGGUGCUCUCCUGACCAACACCCAGGAAUUGACACGGAGAAAAGCAUGCUCUUGAUAUUAGCCAUCAAGGGCUGUUCUGUGGAGAAGGUAGGAUGGUCUGGUUGAAGGUGGGAGGCCAUUCAGUAAAAUGACACCAACUCCCUAACUGCUCAUAAGUAUGCCAUUCAACUGUGUUGUAUUGCUUAUUGUUGUUUUGUUUUUGAGACAAGGUCUGUUUGACCUAUGCUGGCCUCCAAUGUGAAAUCCUUAUGUCUCGGCCUCCUAGGUGCUAGAAUAAUGGGUGUGUACCAUCAUCACCUGGUACCUUAUUGUAUUCUGAUUUGUGAACAUGAAUGCUAUGACCUGGCACUCAGUGGUACAAUUCUUGCCUAGCCCUGAGUUUGAAUCCCAACACCACAGUUUUCUUUUUGUUCAGUGUUGUGUUAGGCAUUGGUCUAAACUAAAAGAAAUGCUGUUUUAGCAGUUGAGAGAAUUUUCUCCUCAAUCCUAAGGGCCAUAGUUCAGAGCCAGCUACCCAUGUAGCAAGCCAGGCAUUCCACAAACACUGGUACAUCCAGUUUCAGGAUCUAACACCAUCCUCAGGCAUACAUACUUGAAAAAAUACACACAUCUGAAACACACACACACACACACACACACACACACACACACACACACACACACAAAUACUUAUUAAAAAAGAA